AAACAUGGCGAGAAUGUCGAUCUCGAGUGCUGGUCAAAAAUGUGAAUAGAAGGUUCGGGUUGUGGUGAGAUUCGUGAAUCUCGGGUCUUCUCAUCGUCGGCAGAAGCCGGCGAGAGAUGCGAUCGGGAGCUAGACUGACAGGCCGAAAGUGAAUGUGCCGAGUAAACGGCCCCGGCAGUUUUGCGGCCGGGAUUAAUUUAAGGGCAUGCCAAUUCGGGAACUAUGGGUGCUCAACAGACUAAGGAAAGAAUCGUUCCUACCGGUUCCACCGCGCGACAGACGCGUAAACAGCCAAGGAACCUUAAGGAAUCGCGUCUUGUUGGCUCCAAUAUAUUUACCGAGCACAGCGAAGCUCUUUUACAAAGCAGACCGCUACCUCACAUUCCGGCAUUACCAGAUGGUGAUCCUCCAAGCGGGUCCAGCAUUCAACCAAUUUCACAAGUGAAUAUUCAGCAACAUGCUGGCGUUCCUUCUACAGGGCUUUUGGAGGCUGCAAACAGGUGGACUAGUAAAGAAAACCUAUUGGCACAGGAGGAGGAUGAUCCACAACUAUUUGUUGCUUUGUAUGAUUUUCAAGCAGGUGGAGAAAAUCAGCUCAGUCUUAAAAAAGGGGAGCAAGUUCGUAUUCUGAGUUAUAAUAAGAGUGGAGAAUGGUGCGAGGCUCAUUCGAGUACCGGUCAAGUAGGUUGGGUUCCUUCAAAUUAUGUUACCCCUGUAAAUUCUCUGGAGAAGCAUUCAUGGUAUCAUGGAAGGAUAUCAAGGAAUAAUACCGAGUACCUGCUGAGGUCAGGCAUAAAUGGCAGUUUCCUGGUUCGUGAGUCAGAAAGUAGCCCUGGUCAACGCAGUAUUUCUCUGCGAUACGAGGGUAGAGUUUACCAUUAUAGGAUCAACGAAGACAGUGAAGGAAAGAUUAUGCUCCAACAAUUUGGCCGGAAAAGUAGGGGACACCCUAUGUAUGUCACAAAUGAGAGCAAAUUUAACACUUUGGCAGAACUGGUGCAUCAUCAUUCAAUGCUAGCUGAUGGUCUGAUCACACAGUUACUUUAUCCAGCACCAAAGCACAACAAACCCACUGUUUUUCCACUUAGUCCAGAGCCGGAUGAAUGGGAAAUCAAUAGAACAGAUAUAGUUAUGAGACAUAAAUUAGGAGGGGGACAAUAUGGAGAUGUCUAUGAAGCUGUAUGGAAGAGAUACAAUAUGACCGUUGCCGUGAAAACGUUAAAGGAGGACACCAUGGCUCUAAAAGAUUUCUUGGAAGAGGCUGCAAUCAUGAAGGAGAUGAAACACAGGAAUUUAGUUCAGUUGUUGGGUGUAUGUACUCGCGAACCGCCUUUCUACAUCAUUACAGAAUUUAUGAGUAAAGGAAAUUUGCUAGACUAUUUACGGAACGAGAGCAAACAUCAAAUCAACGCUGUCGUUUUAAUGCACAUGGCCACACAGAUUGCCAGUGGAAUGAGUUAUUUAGAAAGCAGAAAUUUCAUUCACAGAGAUCUAGCGGCUCGAAACUGCCUAGUGGGUGAAAAUCAUCUGGUGAAGGUCGCAGACUUUGGUUUAGCCCGAUUGAUGAGAGACGAUACGUACACAGCUCAUGCUGGAGCAAAAUUUCCUAUUAAAUGGACUGCUCCGGAGGGGUUAGCUUAUAAUAAAUUUUCUACAAAGUCUGAUGUAUGGGCAUUUGGCAUCUUGCUAUGGGAAAUAGCAACAUACGGCAUGUCUCCAUAUCCUGGCGUUGAUUUGACGGAUGUUUAUCACAUGUUGGAGAAAGGCUAUAGAAUGGAGUGCCCUCCUGGUUGUCCGCCAAAAGUUUAUGAACUAAUGCGCCAAUGCUGGCAGUGGUCUGCUGCUGACCGGCCUACGUUCAAAGAGAUUCAUCAUUCUCUUGAAAAUAUGUUUCAAGAAUCCAGUAUUACCGAAGAAGUCGAAAAGCAACUUCAAGGUGGAGGAGAAAUUCCUUUACUUUCAUAUAAGAAAUCUCAAACUGGUAGUACCGGAAAUAUUCAUGGGCUUGUUCUUGUCUCUGAACCAUUACCCUCUUCAGAUACUACCAGCUCCGUAACUAAAUUAAGUACAUUCACGGGUGGUCUAUCAAGUAAGAAUAACAGUAACAUCGUACAAAUGAGACGGUCAACGAAUAAAAAAGGAAAACAAGCUCCAGCGCCUCCAAAAAGAACAAGCUUGCUGUCAUCGUGCAGUUCGUUCCGCGACUCAGCGUACCAAGAACAAGAUACUCAAAAUACUGAUACAAACACCAUGACUCUCGACGAUGCCACGGAUCUAAAUGGUAUUGAUAAGAUUCUCGAAGGUAUUGCGCGAGAUCUCGCGACGAUGGCUCAAGGAACGAUUGCUGCAGGAGGCUGUGAAAUCGAGGAGGACGGAGAGGGUUCUCAGGGUACGGCGGAACCAAAUUUCAUCUCUCAACCUUCAACAUCACCGGAACCCAUACCUGGACUAGUCUGUACUCAAAAACAAAUCAAACCAAGACCAUACCCAUCGAAGGAACCAGUACCGCAGAAGCUGGUACAAGUGGGAGCGUUAGAAGUACAGAACGUAAAAAGAGCAAUUAAUCGUUACGGUACAUUGCCAAAAGGUGCUAGGAUCGGUGCGUAUCUAGAGUCUCUUCGUCAAAGCGGCAUGCCAUCGAAUCAAGAAUCUACGUCGGUUGCCGCCUCUUCUAUAGCAUCCGGUUCGGUAGAACAACACGAAACUACUCAUGACGGUUCGCAACAUAGAUCUCUCUCUCCUCGUCAAAGCAAUCUACGAAGUCAACCUCAAAUGACCCGCAGCAAUUCUUCAAGCGGUGUUGUCAAUACGUAUCAACCUCCAAAUUCCCCUCGUGGUCGAGUGGUAGCUGUAAGGAAGAGUAACCAAUCCGAUGGUGUUGGUUUAAGAACGUUUCGGGUAUCUAGUAACUCAAACUUCCGUACUGCGAGUCCUUCGAGAUCUGUUCAACCAUCGUUGGCCGAUCUAGAAUUUCCACCUCCACCCGCGGAUUUACCUCCUCCUCCGGACGAAACUUUUUCCGGUCUGGAACAAGUUGACCUUCCGCCUCCUAUUUCUUCUACUGACGUUUCUCAAGUGAGAAGUUCUCCUCUUUCGAUAAGAAAAGCGAAGAGCACAGCGGAUUGGCGAACAAAAGAAGAGACAGAGAUCGAACAACAGGAAGACAGAAACGAUGUUAGUAACUCGGAGCCUUCUGUCAAAGAAGCCAGCUCGAGAUUUGGAGUUAAUUUAAGACGCAGGGAAACUCAAGACAGCCUUUGUAGGAACUCUAAUAAUAAAAGAACGGGGUUUAAAUCCAGAAUAGAAACAAUUGAACCUGCCGCACCGCCAGAGGAAGCGCCACCUCCUCCUCCGCCACCUCCACCUCCAAUCUCUACAAAUACGCCUCCUGAUAGUUUCGAACGUAAACCUGGUAUGAAAGAAAUGUUAGAACUGAAACUUAUAAAUGAAAUUAAACAAAGUGCAGAAACAAAGCAUGGUGUGACUACGAAGAAAACUGGAGUCACAAGUAGUACUCCAUCUGCUCCUCUCGAUCCGGCGUCGCAGUUAUUAUCGGAACUCUGCGCCAGUUUUAAUAUGGAGGCUGGACAGAGACAUGCCCAAAAUGAAUAUGCCGUAUCAACUUUAAAAACCAACGAAGUAACUCAAGAUCAGCAACAACAAAUUCACAAUACUCAUAAGGAUUCGUCUGUAUCCUCUCCAGUGACUGACUCCAUUCUUUCCAGUGGAAAUGUGGGUUUCAAACUGAAGAGGGUAGAUAAACGCAAUAAUCCGCAGAAGGAAGAAACAUCUGACGGGCAAAUAAUUGAUUUUAAGGCCAGAUUACGAAAAGUUGAGAAUGCGGAUAAAGAGAAACCGUCGGAGGAAAGAAGUAAUGUUACAGAACAGUGUUCGGAAUCGGAAGAGCAACAAGAUGAUAAACGCAGAAGUACUGGUAGUAUCAGUAGCUUGAAAAAGCUUUGGGAAAAUAAGGAAUCUUGUGAUAGCCAGCCUCAUAGCCCGAAGCUUAAUGUACGGGGAAAUAGUGGUAAACCGGAUACCUUUGACCAAACAGAAGAUUCGCCAGAAGAUCACAGCGGAGCCUCAACGCGCAGUCAGAGUUCUGGAAGCAAAAGCGAUGCUAGAUUGUGGCCACCGCCAGAACCAGAGAAACCAGUUGUUCCAGCAAAACCGCUAAAACCUCUGUGUUCUUCGGCAAAACAUUUUUGCUCUUCUAUUUAUGCAACACCAAACUGUACGAAGUCUCAAAGUACCGAAGACGACUUAAGUAAGCAAAAUACAGAUUCAAGGACUGCGAAACAAGCCGUAUUAGAGCUUUCGACGUUGAUCGAAAGUAGCGUAUUGAAUCUAAAAAGUAAUUCGACGAUAGUAAUGACCAGUUGGCUCCAGCUGUCAGAUAAGGUAGGGCUGUUACACGGAAUGUGUACAAACCUUGCAGAUAGCGGCAUUGCGCCACACGCACGGUUCCAAUUCCGCGAACUUCUUGCAAGGCUAGAGCUUCAGGCGCGUCAACUCCGUGCAGCAGGCACUCGAAAUGUCACAGAGAAUACAAGACUUCUCACUGACCUCCAGAACACAAUAAAAGAUGUUGUUAACGCCGUGCAAAGAUAAACCAGGGAGAUGAACACACCGUUUUCUCUGUUACCACCCUUAUUCUCGUCCUCGUUUUUAUCUGGCACAAUUUACAAAGCACGCGUGUGCACACCAGAUCGGAAAUAAUUUCGACCUUCAUGCCUCUUUCAUCAUUGUGUAUACUGUGUCAAAAUACCCCGAAUUUAUUAUACCACUUCGUUUCGGAUUUCUUUUAAAUGAUUUUUUCCUAUUGAAUUUUUUAGGUGUUAUUUUUUAAUAAUGUCUCUGGAGAUGACUCGUUUUGAGUCGACAUUUUGCUCUUGGAAAUUACAUGAAGCGAAGAAUGCUUAAGGACAGACAAGGCCUCAAGCCGAACACGGCCUCGAUUAAUAUCGGUUUGAUGAAAAAGUAAUGAAAAGGAAAUCCUAAAAACACAAUACUAAAUUAAAGAUAAAUAUAUUACAUUUUCCAUUUAUAUUUAUUUCUUAUUAUAGACUGCGAUUAGCCAUUUUCGUUCGAGGUUGUUGGUAUAUUGUUAUCUGACGAAAAUUCUUUUGAUAUCAACAAAGCGGGAGGACCGCUUUAUGAGCAUAAAUAUUCGCUCAUAUUUUUUAUUCAGUUCUACGAGAACGAAUGGUAAUUCUCAAAAACAAUGUGAAUCUAGAAAUACGAUAAGUAAAUAAGGAUCAAACGUACAUACUAGUUCCUUCAAUUUUUUUUUAACUAUAGUUUUAAACCUAUAGAAAUAAAGACGAGUAAUCGCAGUUCAUCAAAACAAUAUAAAUAUACAUAUACAUAUAUAGUAUGAAUAAUAACAGCAAGAAAUACUUUUUGUAUACUGUGAACACUUGAUUUUUAAAUUAAAAAUUAUUACUUUUACGUCGAUCCAAUAUUUAGUCUGCAUCAAUGAAGCUCUACGUAAAUUAUACACUCGUCCACUAUACGAUAAAUGUGGUGAUUAUAGUUGUCGAGUAAAACGUCUCGGUGUUCUUUCAUCGAACUUUCUUGCGCCGUGCUUCGUAAUAUUGUACGCAAAGUCUUAGGCUAGAUUAUAAAAUGUAAGUGCGAAACUUUUAAGCGUGUAAGCCAUUUUAAUGCGUGAGAGAACGUAACAAUUUUUGUAUUUAUAUAGAGUAAGUCGAAUAACAGGUAUGCUUAAACAGUACAGUGAAACCUCGAUUAUGCAAACUAAUUAAAAAAUACCGUUGAGUGAAGUUGAUUGAUAUUUUUAAUCAUCGAACAAAAAUUUGAUUUUCUUUUUAAUUAUCUCUUUUUCAUAUUGUUUUUGAUGCAGUAAUUACAUUAAGCAUACGUAAUCAUAAUACGUCUCUAAAUUUAUUAAAGUAAAAAAAGCGUAAUACUCGUUAAGUAAAGAUGAUAACAGUUGUGUUAAAAACGACUAGGCGGUACUUAAAUAAUCGAAAGUUUGAUCGAGUGCUCGGAUAAUCAAAAAUCGAUUUUAUUACAUGGUCGAAUAAUGUCGAAGUUCUACUGUACAUUUAUCUAAAUCAGCGGACGUAAUUAAUCAAACUUUCAAGUGUUUCGUUUUGCCCGCAUUAUCGCAUAUAGCCGUUCUUCCAGCGAGCGCUGAUAGAAAACGAGGUACCGGAUACUUUUUCAACAACUUUAACAAAAAAAAAAAAAAGUUGAUUCUAUACUUUGUACUGUAGA